AUGCGAAGCGAUUUCAUCCGAUCUUAUUUUCGAUCAAGAAAUAGUCUUGGAACCUACACUGAGCGCAUAACCCCUUUUGCUUAUAUGUGUAUCAUAGUGGCGGUUAUUGUAGUGGUUCUUGUAGUAAUAUUUGUCGCCUAUUUGAUAAAGCAGUAUCUUGGUCGUUAACUUUUUCCAUUUUAGUGCUAUUUCUUU